AACAAAAUUUCAAGAAUUCGUGAAAAUGCAGGCAGCAAGGAAAGCGGUAGAGACCAUCAAGGAAACCGCAGCCAACAUUGGAGCCUCUGCCAAGUCUGGCUUCGACAAAACCAAAGCCACUCUUCAGGAGAAGGGUGAGAUGAUGAGUGCGCAUGAUCAAAAUGAGAAGGACAUAGCGGCCCAUAAGAAGGAAGAGAAGAUCCAAGAGGCAGAGAGGGAGAAGCAGCAGGCACGUCAGUACAACGCCACCACAAAACAAUCUGCACUGGCUGGGGACAUGGGCCAGGCCCACCACUCCGGGCCCGGCACUGAGCCUGCCACGAUCGACACCCCUGGGCCAGGGCCUACGACUGAGACCACCACAUCCAACACAACUGGGCCCGGGCCGGAGAGUACUGGGCCUGGGACUGAGACUGCUACGUACAACUACGAAAAUACUUUACCCCCAAGUACUGGGCCUGGGCCUGAGGCUGGGACUGCCAUGUUCCCCACUGGUGACUAUGGGCUAAUGGGGGGUAGCCAGAGUACAGUAAUGCCUGGCCAUAGACAUGGGCAUGGGCAUGGGAUUGGGCUUGGGCAUGAGCCCGGGCAGGGACUUGAUCAUGGGCCCGGGCCCGGGCAUGGAGGACCCAAUGAAGAUAUGAUGGGCCCACGUGCAAUGGAGACUAACAGCGGCCUGGAUACGACGGCCCAAACUACCAUUGGGGACGGAAGUGCUCCUUCGAGUGGGCCUACUUUAAGUUGAAUGUUUAUUUGUUUGUAAGUUAUGUUGUUUAGUGUUUUGGAGUCUUUGUGCUACAUAUGUUGUACACUUGUACUUGUUUCUUCUUUGUCUCUCGUAUUUCGCAAUCAUUUUAGUUAUGGGACCAGUGUUGUAAAUGGAACAUGCCAAGUUGCUAUAUCUGUUUUGUUUCGAUAAAUAAAAGUGUAGUCGUCAACUACGUGCUUGGGUUU